AUGGCGACUUCCAAAGAGAAAAGAGUGAGCUGUAGCCUGCACUUCAUGAGAAAUGUAGAAAACAAGACAAAACUCCCCAUUUUGGGGGAGUCUGGGGUGGAGUGUGGACUCGAGAAGGCGUCUCAUAAUGUGGUCUGUGAAUCAUAUGAAACUGCAUUUGCAUACGGUAAAGCUCAGGCUUUAAAACUUUUCAAAUUAGACUUUGUAGGAUAUUUGGAUGACGACGAUAGAAAAGUUCACGUGGCUGAGCUGAUCCAAACAAAGCUGCAGGGAGAAGUGGAGAAACACCAACAGCUGCAGAAGGACUCGAGUAAAUCCAUGUCAGGGAGGCAGAAGCUUGAGGCACAGCUAACGGAAAAUAAUAUCGUGAAGGAGGAACUGGCCCUGCUGGAUGGAUCCAGCGUGGUGUUUAAGCUUCUGGGACCCAUGCUUGUCAGGCAGGAGCUGGGAGAGGCUCGGGCCAUGGAGGGCAAGAGGCUAGACCAUAUCACAGAAAUCAAGCUCUAAGAAUCACAGCUUCGGGACCUUGAGCCACAGUCAGAGCAACAGAAGGAACCCCUUGCUCAGCUGCAGCAGGGGUUCCAGUGGGCCCAGGCAGCAAAGGUGGGGGCUUCUGGGAAGGCCUGA